UUAGGACGCGGCUGAGCGCCCGGACAGAAGCCCAAGAGUCGGUUCCUGUGCUCACGCCCCGCCACCUGCCCGCCCUCUCGCCCCGUCGCGCUCCCCGUGGCCAACAUGCUGCCGAAACUGGGUGGCCCCGCGCUGCCGCUGCUCCUGCUCCUGCCGCCGCUGCUGCUGCUGCUGCUGGGCGCCGGCGCGCACGCCGAGGUGCUGUUCCGCUGCUCGCCCUGCUCGCCCGAGCGCCUGGCCGCCUGCAGGACCCCGUCGGCCGGGACCGGGCGUACCUGCACCGAGCUGGUCCGCGAGCCGGGCUGCGGCUGCUGCUCCGUGUGCGCCCGUCUGGAAGGCGAGACAUGCGGCGUCUACACCCCGCGCUGCGCCCAGGGGCUGCGCUGCUAUCCCCACCCCGGCUCCGAGCUGCCCCUGCAGGCGCUGGUCCGGGGCGCCGGCACUUGCGAGAAGGGCCGCGACUCCGACGGCCCCGAGCAGGGUGCAGGUAACGCGGGGAGGAGCACUAGGUGGGAGAAGCCAGGAGGGCAGCGUGGGGCCGGGCUGGUGGCUGCUCUGCAGGGAAGGACCUCAGAGACCAUGUUAGCGGAGGUAGAGCGGGGUCCCUGGCCAGCUUCGGGAACUGUUGGGAGGGUGUGGGACUUGAGCUUCGUCAAGAGCACCUUAGCAGGAGCUCACUGGGCCGGGGUCAGAAGUCCCUCGUUCCACCAACUACCCGUGUGGCCUUGGGGAAGUCCCUUCCCAUGCAUGAGCUUCUUUCUGGGGUCGCUCCCAGGGCCAUCUCUAAGCCUCUUCUGUGCCCACUUGCACCCACAGACCCCCUGCCAGCAGGAACUGGACCAGGUCCUGGAGCGUAUUUCCACCAUGCGCCUUCCGGAUGAGCGGGGCCCUCUGGAGCACCUCUAUUCCCUGCACAUCCCCAACUGUGACAAGAACGGCCUGUACAACCUCAAACAGUGCAAGAUGGCUGUGAAUGGGCAGCGUGGGGAGUGCUGGUGCGUGAACCCCAACACCGGGAAGCUGCUUCAGGGAUCCCCUACAGUCCGUGGGGACCCGGAGUGUCAUCGCUACUACAAUGAGCGGAUGCAGUAAACCAGCCGGUGCCUGGCACCCCCCGCCCCCUCUCCGAACACAGGCAGAGAGGAGAAUGCUUGGGUGGUGGGUGGGGGAAGGCUUCCCAGGAGUUUAACACAUGUAUUUAUACUGGGAAAGAGACCAGCACCAAGCCUGGCACACCCGCUGCCUUGCCCCUCCCAGUAGGAGAGGCCGCGCCCCCUUCUCAAGUCCCUGCUCGGAGGAAGGGGUGCUGCAGAGGCAGAGCUGGGGUCCAGGUUUGGGAGGGGGAAGAAGACAUUUUUAUUUUUGAACCCCUGGGUCUCUUUUACUUAAGAAUAAAGAAAGGAAAAAUAAA